AUGAAGGAUAAGAUAAUAUUUGACAAAGAGGAAACUACUAAUUCAAGUUCAUUGGGUUUAAGUUUCAAAAACUCGGACAUUGGAUCAGCCAACAGUGGGUAUGACUUGAAGUUGAUUGCAGAUUCGUUGGAAAAGUUACAAAUUGGCCACAAACGUAUCGCUCAUGUUGUAGAGGCCAUAAAUACAACUUCUAUUAACAUGCUAUUAGAUAUAGAUUCCUUAUUGAAUAGGAGUAAGAAUAAUAACAAACAUCUGGAAAAACUAGACACUUUGGAGGAAUCGAUUCUAUCCUUACAAGAAAAUAUUAAUAGUUUCUGGGGUGCUAAAAUAAAGGAAGAAGGCAAUCAAGAGAUUGAUAUUGUGUUAAAGCAAUUGGAACAUGAAAAGGAAAUGAGAAAACUAUAUGAGAAUGAAUUAACUAAAUAUGAAGAAGGUUUGGGCACUUUGAAGAAACUGGAACUAACUAUUCAAGAAAGAUCAAUCGAACUAACAAAAAUUAAUACAGAUUAUGAUCUUUGUAAAAAGUUAUUAAAAGAAAGGUACGAAGAGUACAAAUCAUUGCAAGAAGAAUAUUUUACAUUACAUGAAAAGAUUAAUGCAUUGAUUAAUCAAGAUUUAUCAUCAAUUACUGGCGAUUUAACUCUAACAAACAGUAUUAUUAUGAGAAAUGGUAAUACUGCUAAUUGUAAUAACGAAAAUAUUUCGCAAACCUUUAGAGAAAUUGAUGAUAGAAUAUUUCAAUUGAUUCAAGAGACACAUCAGCUUAAUGUGAAACCAAAACAACAUAAUAACAAUAGAAGAAUUGUGUCAUUUGACCAAUUAGAUUUAGAUUGGAAAGCUUCAGAUAGUGCCUCCUCAGACAAUGAAAUUUAA